UUAACUCAUGUUUGACUCAGGCCUCCUACGAUAAAGCCGCACUGGUAAUAAUUUCUACUGAAGCCGAACUCCUACAUCCAGGAAGAGUCGACUCAAACCCCCGAAGAAGAAGAACCUAGAGCUCCGGUUUGAAACGACGAGGCAGGAGGAGAGACGAAACGAAGCUGAGUAAAAGCUGCUUUAAAAAAAAUUUUUAAAAAAAAACUCGAUAUGAGCUUUUAACACAGGAGCUUUAAAAACGUGAACAAUUUCUAAACGUGAGCGCCAGAAGGAAAGUUCUUCCAUUGUCGAAAACUGUUUAAAAAAAGUCGCGAAGAAGAAGAACAGAAGAAGACAUCUCUGCCGGCCGCCAUGGACUCGGGGAAGCAAAUAACUUUCCCGUUGAUACUGAGCGUUGGUGCAGCUGUGAUUGGAUCCCUGCAGUUCGGAUACAACACAGGUGUCAUCAAUGCCCCACAAAAGACUAUUGAGAAAUUCAUCAAUGAGACAUGGCAAGAGCGUUACAUGGAGUCCAUCACCAAAGAAUCACUCAGAGUCAUCUGGUCCAUCUCUGUCUCCAUCUUCCCUGUGGGCGGCAUCUUUGGCUCGUUCUCUGUUGGACUCUUUGUCAACCGCCUGGGAAGGAAGUACUCGAUGCUCGCAGUCAACAUCCUGGCCUUCAUCGCAGCUGCUUUGAUGGGGUUUUCAAAGAUGGCCAGUUCCUGGGAAAUGUUAAUCAUUGGUCGUUUUGUGAUUGGCUUUUACUCUGGGCUGUCCACGGGUUUUGUACCCUUGUAUGUGGGUGAGGUCUCUCCAACAUCCCUGCGAGGUGCCCUGGGAACACUGCACCAGCUGGGCAUCGUUGUUGGUAUCCUCAUCGCACAGGUGUUUGGAUUGGAGGUGAUCAUGGGAAACGACAGUCUGUGGCCGCUUCUCUUGGGCUUCACCUUCAUCCCUGCUGUAAUACAGUGUGUCCUGCUGCCACUUUGCCCAGAGAGUCCCCGUUUCCUGCUUAUCAACAGGAACGAGGAGAAUAAGGCCAAAACAAUUCUGAAGAAGCUCCGAGGAACCACAGAUGUCAGCGCUGACAUGCAGGAGAUGAAGGAGGAGAGCCGGCAGAUGAUGAGGGAGAAAAAAGUGACCAUUCUGGAGCUUUUCCGUUCGCCGCUGUACCGCCAACCCCUCCUCAUCGCUGUCAUGCUGCAGCUCUCCCAGCAGCUGUCUGGAAUCAACGCUGUGUUUUACUACUCCACACGUAUCUUUGAGAAAGCCGGAGUGGAGCAGCCGGUCUACGCCACUAUUGGAACAGGCGUUGUAAACACAGCGUUUACUGUUGUUUCUCUGUUUGUCAUAGAGCGUGCAGGACGCAGGUCUUUGCACCUCCUCGGGCUGCUGGGAAUGGCUGGCUCUGCCAUUCUCCUGACCAUUGCUUUAGCUCUGUUGGAGCAACUGAAAUGGAUGUCCUACCUGAGCAUUGUGGCCAUUUUUUCCUUCGUUGCGUUCUUUGAGAUCGGACCGGGUCCCAUCCCCUGGUUCAUUGUGGCGGAGCUGUUCUCUCAGGGUCCCAGGCCUUCUGCCAUUGCUGUGGCUGGUUUCUCUAACUGGACUGCCACCUUUUUAGUGGGAAUGAGCUUCCAGUAUGUCGAGGAGCUGUGUGGUUCCUAUGUGUUCGUCAUCUUCAUCGUGAUGCUGCUCAUAUUCUUCCUCUUCACCUACUUCAAAGUGCCAGAGACCAAGGGCCGGACAUUUGAUGAUAUCGCUUCCGGCUUCCGCCAGGCGGCCGUGAUGGGAGGAGAGAAACACUCACCGGAGGAGCUCAACAGCCUGGGGGCCGAUUCUCAGCUCUGAGAAGCUGUUAGUAAUUUUUUUUUUUGACAAACUCUUGCAGGCUGAGGGCGACCCGGACAGGUGCGCUCCAUAGAAUCCGACGGAUUCACUGUAGAACAAUUUUCACCCUGUCGCCACAUUUCAGGCGUUUUCGUCAACGUGACAACUUCUGCUGCUUCUCUCUUUAAUGUGCACAGAAGAACUCAAACGAGGUGAAAAUAGUCGGGGAAGGUUUUCAAUAUUUAAAGAUAUUUUCUAAGAAGGUGUAGCUGCGUCUGUAACAACCCAACAGCUUUUUUUAUUGCCUCUAGUUUACUCAUAGAUGCUCUGUUCUUUUGUUCUGUUACUGUAGAGUGAGUUAGUUACCUGCUUAAAGAUGCUGCAGCUGUCCUAAUUCGUUCACUGGGCAAAAGCAUCUGAUUUUUUUACUGACCAAACUGUAAUAAUCAGUUUAGACUCUAGCACUGUUGAUGUUCUUCGGUCUGUCCACCUGAUGGCGCUCUUCCUUAAGAAAAGGUGGUCACACUCCCAUUAGAAAUGUUACUGAGAAACUGUGUGGAGAAGAAAUGAAUGUUCUCAGUGAAAUGUUCCGCAUGAACAGAGCGUUACUUAUUUUACUCCUUUUGCUUUACUUGUGUUUGAUAUUUAAUGACUUUCCUUAGCUGAAAUGUCCUUUAUGAUAUAAUAUAUAUUUGGUAACCCUAUCAAAAUAGUAAAUAGAGAAGCUAAUUUUUGAUUCUUGGAUUUUUACACAAUUGUUGUUUUUAUUUUGAACUUGUUGACCCGGUGUCUGCCUAUCAGUGCCUACGGUUACAAACAUGGCAGUGAAAUGUAAUUUAUAAAUCAUCCAUUUAUUGAAUCGUGACACGUGUACUCACUCACAAUCAGCUGCCAUAAAACCAAAAAUCAAACUCAGAAAGUGAAAGUGAAGUUGCACGUUUAGGAGUCCACCUCAGCCUUUGGCUCUCAUCACUGGGGGUUUCAGGUCAGACCAGCCUGAUCCACGAGCUGGAAGAUCCAUCUCUUUAAGUAUUUCAGUGCUGAGACUUCCUGUGGAGACUUUAAAGCCUGCUGCGGCGGCUUGAGAGCUGCCUGGAUCUUUCCUUUCAGCUACGAGCUGCACGCUGCUCCUCUGAGACAAACACGAAGAGGACAGAGAGAUAAUGCGGACCAAAAUGAAUGAAGUCCUUGUCAUCUUUAGAGUGGUUGCUGCCAGCCGUGGUUCAAGCUUUUACUCAAACAGUGGUGUGAGCGUUGUUUUGAGGUUUCUCUCUCCUAGUUCUAUGUUCUGUACAGAUGUGGAGGGGAGACAAAACACUGCCUCGAUGCACAAGUUGCCGUCUGUUGCUGCUGUAUCUCUUGUCACCUGUGCCUUCUUUUUAAAGUACAUUGAGGAAAGGGUGGCACGGUGGCUCAGUUGAAGAGCUGUUGCCUCUCAG